GAACCUAAGCAUCUCCACCUCAGAAAGGGGGAAGGAAAACAGGGACCGGGGUGGAAAGCGGGAGCGGAACAAGUGAUAGAUCCAUGGCUCUGCCUUGGGGAACCCUCCCUCUAAAGAACAAGCCAGCUGCUUCUUCCGAGGGAGAGAUCCAUUGUCUCAGAACUUUCGUUAAAUUAGUUCAGGUAAAGGUAGUUAGAAGGAGCCUAUUGCCUCUGCUUGUGUCAACAGCCACACUCCCACAAGGCAACGACUCAAAGAAGGACCUUCUUCAAGAGUAUCUAAAGAGGUCCAAAGAGAACAAAGCAAGAAAUGACAAAGAGAGACUAGAUGAUUACUACAAGCGGAACUACAAGGAUUACUUCGAACUCAUUGAAGGUUCAGCGAGAGACAAGAAAGAGGAGCUGCUUUCUGAAUCUGAAAGGGGCAUCCGUGCAUGGCUUGAGAAGAAUAAGAAAUAAUGGAGAGCAGCUCACCAGACUCCUCUGCAACUGCGACCAUGAUGCAAAUAGUGGAGACUGGAGAGCAUGCUCGAUUUUGCUAAUAUCUAUGCUUUGUAGCAGAAUUUGGACGAUUCUGAUCCUGGCCUUGGCACUUGAUAUCGAGAGGACAAGCAGCUUGGUAGCAUCAUGGGGUCAUGGCCACCAGGUGCCCACUCUGCACUCGAAUGAUUUCCUAAUGGUUAAAUGACCAGCUGUGCUUUUAGUUUGACCAAGUCCUAUCAUAAUUUAUCUGGAGCAAGUCUUGAAGAAAUUUAACACUUGUAGCAUGCCCAAGGCUCUCUAUCAAGAAGAUGGAUUACACCACAGACACAUUUUUAAAGUAAUACUGAGAACUUCCAACUAUUUGUAUCA